CAUUUCCAAAUCUUAUUAAUUUCUUAUUAUUACACUAAAAUUCUUUAGGCGGAUACAAUAACAUAUAUGUUUAUUGUACAAUUUAGCAAGGUUUUGGUACCUUCGCUGGUGCGAAACAUGCAACUCUACCAUUAAACAAAAUUUUAUCGAACCAUCGAAAUCAUCACUUUCAUUGUAAAGAAAUGCGAUAGUAUCAAGUCCCUACUACCAGAGCGCGUGGAGCGGGGCGAGUGAGCAGCUUCAGUAGAGCAACAGCGAUGCGUGCGCUUGCCGCUUUAACCACGGUAAUCGCGUGGUGCUUCGCGCUGGCACUGACUGAAACGCGAUCUCGAGAAUCAAUAUCGCCUUUUCUGCUCAAUGUACUAGGAUUUAAAACUCAAAAACCUGUGCACCGAAUCAUUGCCUGUGCAAAAACACUCGGACCCACAAAAUGUUUAAGCGCUUUAAGUGCAUGGCGUGCCAAAAAUGCUAUCGAUGCAUUCAAAAGAGAUCGAGGGACACAGUUCAACUUGACUUCCGACGUUGAGCGGUUCCCCUGGGAACAGUACACCAAUACUACAGAAGAACAAUUGUACUCUGAACUCUGCAGUGGUACAGAGAAGUUGCUACAGUAUAGAACAUUGAAGUUUACAUUAGUACCUGGUUACACAUUUAAGCUGGAUUCAAAAGGGAAUGGAACAUUAGGUGUUGAUAUUUUAAGAAGCAAUGAAAUAGAAACCGCCCGUGGCAGUAUGAAGAAGAAAUUCUACAAUAUAGUACCUUAUUUAUUAUUACCUGGACUGAUAAUGUCUGCCAUCUUGCCUUUUGUCUUGCCAGCGAUGAAGUUGAUGACGAUAGGUGCGGUCAUGCUGAACAAUAUGGCGUUCACUGGAGCAGUCUUCACACUUCUAAGGAAUAACGCAUUCAAUGAUAAAUACGAAUACAAAGUGAAAUAUAUUAACGCAGGUUACACUAACGAACAUCUCACGUACGAACACGAUGAUGCACAUUCAGAUCAUUACAAUCAUUACGAUUUUAAACAUAGUGGCAGCCAUUUAAAUGAUGUUAUAGAUGAUCAUGGGCAUUUUGAAAACCAGGAAGCUGUAGAAGAUAUACCUAUUAAUCCUGAUUGGACCAAUCAACAUUACAGUGAAAAGGAAUAUAUACCUGUACACUUCGCAUCUCAAAAAUAUAAUCAAGUUCUACAAAGAAACCUUUAGUUAGAGUUUUAGUUAAUUUACUAGGUACCUGUACAUAUAUUUGCUGCUAGUCUUUGCCUUUCCAAUUAAUUGUUUUACAAGUUAAUUAUUCAUUGACGAAUAUUUGUUUACAACAUAAGAUUUAAGACUUUAUAAA